CCUAGUCCUACACGACCCUGAGGUAUGUAACGUGAGACCCCAGCUCCAUAAAUCACUCAAUGCUCCAUCGCUCAACCCGCCAAGCUCGACUGAGAGCUAAUGAAACACGUUGCCUGGUGCAUGAGGCACUUCCAGCCUCGACCCGACCGAUUUUAGCUUAGAGAAAUAUGAUGAUCGAGAAGGCCCGUUUACGACUCCGUUCUCGGUCACCCCCAGAUGGACCGCACCAUUUUUGGCUCCGUCGUCCGUGUUGGAGCAAUGGAGUCAUUGGAGUCGAAGAAAACAGAUUGCGUGCAAAGAAAGGCAUCCAUGCUCGUCCAAACCCUUCGAAUUCAAUUGGGAGAACUUGUACAGAUACCUACCCUACGAAUGCCAUCCACCAGAUUCCACCCAUGACUGAUGCGAAAUGUACACGCCACCCAAUUCUGCCACUCACAGUCUUGGCCGGCCGCUUCCAAUGCAAAGUCGGUCCAUCAAAACAGGGCUGGUGCGUUCCGGCGGUUGGUGGGGCCCGAGAUCUGCCUCUCGACUCACCCAACCCAAUGAGCUACCAAGCGAGCCCGGCUGGCCCGACACGCCGGAGUAUCACGGCUUCGUCGGCCCCAAACGCUCCUGGCUUCGCCUAUAACCACUCUCAACUUCCGAUGACAUCGGGAAUGACGAUAUCCCUACCGAGGAUACCCGCAAACGUCAAUGCCGCGGCCUAUGUGUCUACCGCUGCCCACGGAGGCCUGCAUGGCCGUAUCGUAUCGCCAGACGCCCGACAGGGCACAGGUUUGGCAGUUGGAUCAUUUUGUAUGGUCCAAACAUUGAUCGACUCAGCAUGAUAUGACUCUACCGUCACUCGUCCGCUACCAACACCGUACGACACCAGCCCCCUGGGUGAGCUUCUGGCCGUACUACGGUCUAAACCAACAUGGACAAGCUAUCUCUCGGCCAAAUUAUUCAGCACAUCUCAUUUCGGUCUGAUAAGGGGCUCCUACAAUCUGACGACUAGAUAUUGUCAGAUCAUGGGACUGCUGUGCCAGUAUGCCUAAGGCCUCAAUUCCACCCUACGAAUUGACGGGAUGACAGCCGUGUCAUCAGCCUUGUGGCUGGGACGAUGUCGUUGACGCUCGUCCCAUCCGCAAGCCCACAUCAUCACAACUACGUACUCAAAGUGGCGGCCUUGCAAGAA